CCUAACGUCAAUAUUCUGUGAUCUUCGACUUGAGACUGGGAAAUGAAUCUUCAAAAUGAAUCUUUAAGGAUUCGGGUAUAACUUAGGCAAUCAAAUAAAAUACUUGAUGAGCUUUCUAAAAGAUACAUGAUACUUCUUGAUUCUCAUUUGCGCAUUUACACGCCAAAACACCUACUGAAUAACAAGUGGAAUGGCCUCCCGUUUCGUGUCAGGCGGCACUAUCGCCGGCGACGACGGUGAACCGCAGCAGCCCGCAUCCGUGACACCUUCAAGCAAGGUGCAGGAGGCCCCGGAAACACAAAAAUGGGACAAGGAAACCAUGAAGAGAAACGCCGAAUGGGAAGCCGUGCAACGCGACCUCGAAGCUGACCGCCGGAGACGCGAAGAGGCGCGUAGGGCACAGGUCGAGGGGGGUCCCGGUGGGGAAAAUAAGACCUUGUAUGAUAUUUUGCAGGCGAAUAAAGCGGCUAAGCAGGCGGCAUUCGAGGAGAAGACUCGUAUCAGCAAUCAGUUCCGUGCGCUGGACGACGACGAGAUCGAUUUUCUGGAAAGCAUGCGUGACGAGCGGCGCGUUGAGGAGGAAAGGGUUAAGCGUGAGACGGAGGAGAGGUUGGCUAGCUUCCGACAGGCACAGAAGGCUACCUCCGGGACCGCUGCCCCUGCCGGGGAUUCUGGAGAUGGAGAUGGAGAUGUCGUGCAUGAAGGUAUCGGCGAUGAUGUCGGGACAUGGACUGGCGGGGCAAAGAAGCGAAAGAGGCCGGAUAAGGAGGUAAAGACCAUUGUUAAAGGUGUGAAGAGGAGAGCUAGUGGGUCGGAAAAGGAAGUUGAACGAGCGGCCGCACCGGAUACGAGGCUGGAAGGGUCGAAGGAGAAGAAGGAAGCAAAGCCUAUACCGAAUACCAUGGCAACCUCCGACCUGAAGUCUUCGAAACCCAUAGAGGAGAAAACAGUGCAGGAGGAGCCAAAACCAAAACCAAAACCGAAGCUUGGCCUGGUGGAUUAUGGCUCUGACGAAGAUGACGAUGAUUAAUACACCCCAGCUAAAGCUUCAUAAUGGCUAUUCGCUUACCGCCGCUAUAAUUUCCUACGGCUCUUGCCUCAACAUAGGUUAAGGCCUAAUAUGAACUGGGGGCUGGGGAUGUCUACCGGGAUAUGUGUACGAUAGGUGAACUGAGCGUCUGCCAUGGGAACCAACGAACAAAUCAGAGAUACUGAUAAUUGAAGCUCACGACUACGUUGGUAAUACAUACCAACAGACAAUGUCACAUGUACAAUGUACGAAUAAUUGGCUGA